UAAACAACUCAUGAUUUCAAGCAGUAUAAAUACUCUUAGCCGGGUCGACCAUGUCCACGCGACCACAGCUGGCCACGCGACGACCAAUGGGGUCACUGCUGCCGCGGUUGCGCACGUCGUUCCUUCACUCGAUGGUGUCGAUUCGGUUUGAAAAGGCCAAGAGCUGGCGGGAGCCCGAGAACCGGCUCGGCCCCACUGGGUUCUGGUCUCUGUGGGCGUGGAUGGCGUGCCUGCGCUUGGCAUUCGCCGUGCACUUAGGCUUGUUGGCAUACGCCCACGCAUUCGUUUCGUCCGGACGCCACGAGUACGAGCGGCGGACGAUGCGGCUGCAGGACGACUUGCGCGUGCCCGUCGUCAUGUGCUGCGCCGUGGGGAUGCUCCACGUGUACGGUUUGGUCAACAUGGCGUGGAAUCGGCGGCAGACGACGCGCCUGGAGCGGGUCCGCGCGAUCAGGGACAUGUCCAAGCGCGGAGGGUUCGAGCCCAGCCAUCCGUUGGUGCGGCGGCUGUGGCACCUCUAUACCAAACACUUGAUCGGCAAAGGGCAGUUUGGGAUCCAGGGAGAGUACUUUAGCCUCCGGUCAAGCGUCUCUCAUGGCUUGUCGAUUGCGUUGCACACGUACCAGGCGUUCAAAGUCACGUUUCUGUCGACGUCAACGCGCCUGAACCUGCUCAUGGCGGGGUGUCUCGCCGCGAACUGCAUCGUGGCCCCGCUCCUUUUCACCAUCCGGAUGCGCCCCGUUCUCCAGCGCACCGCGGCAAUCUGGACGACCGUGGGGUUCACGGCGUUCUUCGAGUGCGGGCUGCCAUGGCUGUCGGUGGCGCCGUACUUAGCGUACUUUACAUGGGACGACGAGGUUCAGACCAGCCACCUGUACGACGACGUGUGGUUCUACGACGCUGCGCUCUUGGGUCGCCGGUUCUUCCUCAACGACCUCAGCGACGUCUGCUCCCGCCUCCUGCCGUGUGUGCUGGCGUACUUGAGCUUGGCCAACUUGGAAGGCAUCGUGUCCGUCGCGCACGACUACCAUCACCCGACCAUCAACUACGCCGUGCACAACCACCCCCAAUUGUACCCUCGAAGGACGCCACCGCCUCCUUCUCGCGGAAAGCACAUGCACUCGACCAAAGUCAAGGUGGCCCUGCACGUUGCCGUCGUGUGGAGCCGCGUCGUCGGCCUCCUCUGGGGCGUCGGUGUCCUCUUCUUGGCCGUGACCUUCUCCGACGUGUCCAAGACGCUCCAGGUGCCUUGUCCCCACGGCUGUCUCAGCCGCGUGUACCCUUGGUUCGCCACGGACUGCCGCUGUGUGAUCCAGCUAGUCAACUGCCACGCCCGAGCAAUCGACCAGGACCAGCUCCCCCAAGUGCUCGAUACGCUGGACCCCCACAACCUCCAGCUGCUCAUACUGGCCCACUGCCCCGACCUCGUUGUGCCGCCCCUCGACCGGUUCGAGUCGCUCUUUGGCCUCGAAAUCUUCAACUCGACCAUCGUCGACUGGCCCACGACCGCCGCGCUGACCGCCGAUGCGUUCCAGUCACUGUCGUACCUCCUGCUCGUCAGGACCGACUUGGUUGAGAUCCCGCCGGCCAUCUACCAGAGACCGCUACCCCCCACGCUCCUCGACAUUGAAAUCGUCAACGCGAAAGUAUCUUAUGUCUCGAACGACACAUUUGCAGCCUGGGCAGGCCUCAACACGCUGUUCCUCGAGUCAUGCCACAUCACCAGCGUACCAACGUCCAUCGACCACCUCCGCGUGCUCAACCAGAUGUCGUUAUACGACAACGACCUGAGCAACGCCGACGCCAUCGCCCACUUGCCCAUGCUGUGGGAACUCAGCGUAUCCAAGAACCCCCGCCUUGACUCUCUUCCGCAUGACCUCACCUCACUCCCUGCCCUCACCACAGUGCUCGCAGACCUGACCAACAUAUCGAGUCUGACUGACACGUGGCGGACUCAGGUCCCUGCGCUGUCGCUGGCUGCCACGCCGUUCUGCAGCACUACACCAGACGCCGCCCAGUUCUGCGACCAUCCAGCCCAAACCCAGGGCAUGUUUCCGUCGCAUCGACUGUAUCGCGAGUUUACCUAACAAGAACCAAAUGUAUCGUCAUCACGACC